UCGGACAAUGAGAGUGAUAAUGCACGCUGGGACUCGUGUCAAACCUUCUCUCUUACCUCACUAGUACGUUCCUCAUUGUGCCUGCCUAGACAUCGUUAGCAGGUGGUCCCCCUCUCGUUGCGCAUUGGUAUCUCCUUCCCGCCAUCACUGGACCUCACUUCGGAUCGCGGAGCUGAGUUGACACCCUAACCAAACGAUUCGCCGCCGAGCAACGAGGGGCGAUGAGAGACCCGCGUGUCAAUGGCGCCGUUAUCUCCUCAACUCGGGUGCCCUCGACUAUUGUCGACGAGGACGUGACCAGGCUGCCUCGGCCAACUGCGUGACUGCGCCCUUACGACCGACAGAAUAACAUACUCGAGUAUCUUCAAGAUGAGCGGCUGCGGCACUCCCGACGAGCCUAUUCGCAUUGGCGAAGUCAACCAUGGCGGCAACAUUGACAGCUUUCCAUGCCUCGUGCUGAGCGGAAACCCGAGACAGCGCGGUCUGAUGUACGGACUCUUGCUACGCGACAAGAUCAAGGCCAACGUCGCCCGGCAGCUCGGCCACCCUUUUUUCCCGCCCUGGGAUGUCUGUCUGUACCUGAUCCAGAGGUUCUACAUUCCGGGCAUGAGGAAGUACUGGCCGAGCGGACUGGAGGAAUUGGAAGGUAUGGCGCAGGGUAGCGGCGUUUACCUGGAGCAUCUAAUGCUUCUGAAUGCGCGGGACGACCUCACCGUCGGCAGGCGUCUUCUGGCCGAUGGCAUGGGUGAAAGCACCAGCGCCUUCUUUUCCCAACUGGCGACAGCCGACUACGUCCCGUUGCUGGCUCACUCAUGGACCUCGAGCAAGUACAAGCACGACCAAAGCCUUAUAGUAUGCCUCGAGAUCCAGUUCACUGCCGUCGAGGAGCUUCCUAAUAUCUUCAUGGUGACGGAAGCCGGCAUGAUCAGCGGCUGUGGCAUCAACGCCCACGGCGUGGCGGUGGUAGGCAACCGCUUGAUCUCAUCUGAUGACUGCAUGCCCAGUCGCACCCCUGCCUUUCCCGUGGCUUGCCUUGAUCGUCUGAUCCUCGAGAGGGCCGGCGACAAAAUCGACCCGUGCGAGUUGCAGGAUGUCGUCUUCGACGCCAUCGACCGCUAUGCCUCGAGACACUUGCUCAUCGCGAGCAACCGGGGGCAUGCCCUUUCCAUCGAGCUCAGCGUGGAGCUAGGCUAUAUUUACCGCGGCAAGCCCGGCAGUAACGCCAAGAUACACACAAACCACUUCCAGUCGUUUGAGGCGUUCCUGGGUCGCCGGGAGACAUGGGAUGCAUCCAGAGGAGGGAGCAGCCAGUUCAGACUCGCCCGUCUCACCGACCUCAUCGAUAACCACGGCAGCGCCCGCUUGUCGAUGCAACAGAUCGUCGACACAUUCUCGGACCAUGAUGGCAGCCCAGAGAGCAUCUGCCAGCACAGGGAGGACAACCGGGAUAACAUGACGAUAGGGUUCGUCAUGUUUGACACGAACAGGCUCGUCAUCUCAGUGUGCAAGGGUCCGCCGUGCCUGGGCGCCUUGAUGCACUUCACUUUUCAGAGGGAAGGAAACGGCGGCUCGGCAGAAGAUGAGGGAAUGGGCGACGCAGGGAACCAGUCUGAGGAUGCGACCGGCCAGAAGAGGGAUGCAGCCACCCAAACGGGAGAGACAAUCGCCCAUGCAAAGGGCAUGAAUCUGGACACGAGCCCGGGGAUCGAGCCCGCUCCGGACAACGACAGUCCCGCGGCGUCUCUGGUCAGCAACCUGUCCCAACCGUCGUCAGUGCCGGACGACUCUAAGAGUGAGACACGGUCGAGCUCGCAGCAUCGGGAGACGUCAGCUACCAAGCGAAAGAACUCCUCAUCGUCCUCUGUUUCUCCGGCAAAUACCGGCGAGAAAGAAACGUCUGCCGCGACAGAGAACCAGGAGAUGGUGGACUGCAGGGGUGCGAGAAAAAGGAUCAGGAUUCAGCUUGGGGAUCCGGUCGAGGGCGCAUAGAAGAAGCGCGAUUAGCGCAUGACUGGGCAAAUGCUAACACGGUUCUCUGUAUUUGAGAAAACGGCCCGCCGGUAGGAUGCACGCCAACUUCGCAAGUGGCGACGUCAAGGAAGGGCCGACACAGUUCACUUCUUGCGGAGGUAGAUAAUAUUACUUGGUAUCCCAAGGAAGGUAGAAAUAAGAAUGUUCAAGGCUAUUUCUGCCCUCCAGAUUCAACUUUGGA